AUGAGGGUUUUGUAUUUGGUGACUGUACCCAUUUGGUUUUUUAGCUGCCCUCUAUUUUCUUCCUCUGUUCAUCCCCCUUUGGGCAAUCCCAUUUUCCACAAUGGUCAUGGUUCUGCUAACUCAAUAGCUCAUUCUCCAGAGAUCAAAGUAGUCCACCACCAUGAUUUAAGCAAGAAAGUUCUUGUUCCUGUUGUUGUGGCCUCAUCUCUUGUUGGUGGAAUUUUGCUGCUAUUAUCUUGUUCUUUUAUCUACAGACUGAAAAGGCUAAGAACAUACAGUAAUGCCACAAAUGAUAUAAACUCAGGUUCCGCUAAAGGGAUAUCGCUAAUUCCAGUCCCGAAUAAUUUUCGUUAUUCAAAAUUUGGUAGCAAAAAGGGUUCAGUUGCUUCUAUUGAUUACCAGAUGCUGGCGAUUGCCACGAAUAAUUUCGACGAACGGAAAUUGUUAGGAGAAGGCGGGUUAGGCCGCGUGUUUAAGGCUUGUUUUAGUGAUAAUUUUGAAGCAGCUGUUAAGAAAAUAUGUGCUGAUUGGCAAGAAGCUCAAAGACAGUAUGAGAAUGAGGUCCAAAUACUGAGUAAAAUUCAGCAUCAGAAUAUAGUUUCUCUAUUAGGAUAUUGCGUGCAUGAACAACAACGGUUCUUGGUUUAUGAAAUGAUGGAGGGCGGCUCGCUCGAUUUAAUUUUGCAUGCACCUUCUCGUAGAUCGACAUUGACGUGGCCACUUAGAAUGAAAAUUGCUCUUGAUGUUGCAAGAGGAUUAGAGCACCUGCAUGAGCAUUGUGACCCGCCCGUGAUUCAUAGAGAUCUCAAGUCAUCUAACAUUCUUCUCGACUUCAACCUCAAUGCCAAGAUUUCAGAUUUUGGCCUUGCGAUCGCUGAAGGGAACUCAAUCAAGACGAACAUCAAGCUCACGGGAACAUUGGGCUAUGUAGCCCCAGAGUACCUAUUAGAUGGUAAACUUACAGACAAAAGUGACGUGUAUGCCUUCGGUGUGAUUCUUUUGGAGCUUUUGAUGGGAAGACGGCCUGUGGAGAAAGUAGGGGAAUCACAGUGUCAAUCUAUAGUUACCUGGGCGACCCCUCAGCUCAUGGACCGAUCAAAGCUUCCGGACAUUGUCGACCAAUCCAUCAAAGACACUAUCGAUUUGAAACAUUUAUAUCAAGUGGCUGCUAUAGCAGUGCUAUGUGUACAACCAGAGCCAAGUUACAGACCACUUAUAGCAGACGUUUUGCACUCGUUGAUACCCCUUGUGCCCGUCCAACUCGGGGGAUCUCUCAAAGGUUGA